AUGAGUCGUUACGCCCACGGAAGCGACGUGACUUGUAACGGCUCUGCUCCAAACGAAACUCUCACGGCCAGGGAAAGGCUCAAUCGCUCCACAAUACACCCAUCAGCUGGAACAACCUGGCUCACGAACGUGAACACGCCGUCGGAACUUGAGCUUCAACAUGCGCUCCAUGGCCCUCUGCUCAGGGGGGAUUCGUUGUACGCGGGCGUGGCGUCGUUGACCGCUAACGCAGCUCACAGAGCAUCGUCCUUCGCUUCCAUUCCUGCCUCGGCCUCGACAGGCGCGUCAUCUGGUCGAGAGCCAAGGUUCGCGUUUCCCGGCCCGGAGGCACGACUUGCUGCCACGGCCUCUGGCUGCUCCUCCUUUGGGCAGCUCUCCCUGCCUGGCUGCGGCCCUGCCACGCCUGCCUUUUCACUGCUCCAAGCCAACUCCACCUCCACCCGUGACGAUAACCUGGUCCAAGCCUACAACCUCGCCGACAGAUUCAACGUGCGCCACGCAAGCGGGCCCUCCAAGCAACGAUCUCUCAACGAUCUCUUGUCUUGCAUCGCUCCGGCUCCCAUCCCUCGGCCCAGCUCGAUUCCUGCUCGGCAUCCAACCCACCUGCAACCGCUGACCCCCUUGCCCAGCGCGUUGCUCAACGAGAGCCCCAUCGAUCUCCAGCUUCAAAAAGUCCACUUCUACCCAGGGCCGCUCGCUCCUCCCCUCGCGGGAGCCCGCGCCCUUUGCAGCAGCCCGUCCUCGCCAGACUUUCCGCAGCUUGCACCACCAACACUUCCCCCAGGCACGAGCGCCAGCACGAGCGCCAGCACAAGCACGAGCACAAGCACGAGCACAAGCACCAGCGCAAGCACCAGCGCAAGCACCAGCGCAAGCACCAGCAAGAGCACAAGCACGAGCUCAAACGGCCAGCCUCCGCGAUUUGUCCCCAUGCUCGCCGUCACCCGUCCCGACAAGACCGGGAGGGACUUCACGCCGCUGCCUCUGCACAGCACCCAAAUAGCGUCCCUCAAGUUCUCCCCCCGCUACCACGGCAUGCACACCGAGAACAACGCGAGCGUGGAAUCCCUCGCCCCGGACCAAAACUGCGCUCUGUGGCUCACCAACCUGCCGUCGGACAUUACGCACGCAGAACUGCUCUCCGCCAUCCGCAACAUGGGCCGCAUAUACGCCACGUACAUCAACUACCCCGACUACGUCACCCACAACACCUCGGCCGCCAAAGUCGUCUUCUUCACCCCCGAGGCGGCCCAGAAGCUCCUGUCCCACGUCACGCCGGCGACGCCAAUGGUCAUCCGAGGCUACCAGGUCAAGGUGGCCCUCAACCGGAUAAAAUACGCGAGGAACAGCACGGAGCAAGGCGAGUCCCGCGUGCUCAUCAUCACCGGCAACAAGGCGUUUGUCAACGAGCGCUCCCUGACUGCCUACUUUGAGGAGCGGUUUGCCUUCCAGAUAGAUUGCGCGCAGACGCUGAUCGAGCACGGGGACCGGGCCGUGGUGGAGUACAAGUUUGGCAGUUACCGUUGCCAGGCGCAGAUGGGCAUGAAGGCGCUGCUGCUGGAUCGGCCGGCGGGGUUGGAGAUGGUUGAGUACGGCAAGGACCCGUGCGAGGUGGGCAGCGAGAUGACCUCUUUCGGGGUGGCCGGCGAGCGUAUCCAGGGGAAAGGGCUGGCUAUGCUUCGCGGGUGA